AUGGCUUCACACCUCACCGAUGAGAAGAACAGCAUCAGUUCGAUGGACAAGACGGGCUCGCCUCAACACCAGCAGCCUGUCGUUCGCUCCCAGCCAGCAAAGGGCAAGUAUGCCAUGGACCUGUCUGCCGCCUCUGGCAAGUCCAAGGUCCCUGCCAUCCUCAUGGUCACCUUUGCUGCCUUUGGUGGUCUCCUCUUCGGCUAUGAUACCGGCUACAUCUCCGGUGUCAAGGCCAUGCCAUACUGGCUCCAGUCGUUUGGCUCGCCUGACGCGACUGCCGUCUCUGGCUACAGCAUCACCACUUCUCAGGAUUCGCUCGUAACCUCAAUUCUCUCGGCCGGUACCUUCUUUGGCGCUCUCCUCGCUUUCCCUCUCGGUGAUCUUGCUGGUCGCAAGCUCGGUAUUCAGCUAGCUUGCAUUGUCUUCUCCAUCGGUGUCGCCCUGCAGACUGCUGCCACCAAGAUCCCCCUCUUCGUCGUCGGUCGUGUCUUUGCCGGUCUCGGUGUCGGUAUGGUCUCGUGCCUUGUGCCCAUGUACCAGAGCGAAUGCGCGCCCAAGUGGAUCCGUGGCGGUAUCGUAGCUUGCUACCAGUGGGCCAUCACCAUCGGUCUAUUGCUCGCCGCCAUCGUCGUCAAUGCCACCAAGAACCACGACAGCGCCUCAGCCUACCGUAUCCCCAUCGGUAUCCAGUUCGUCUGGGCAGCUAUCCUUGCCGGCGGUAUGGCACUCUUGCCCGAAUCGCCUCGCUACCUCAUCAUGAAGGGCCGCGACGAAGCCGCCCGCCGCUCGCUCGGCCGCGUCCUGACUGCCGAUGCCGACAGCACUGAGGUCAAUGAGGAAUUCGCAGACAUCACCGCCGCUCUUCAGCACGAACGCGAGAUUGGUGCCACGUCAUACCUAGACUGCUUCCGAUCUGGCGAAGGCCGCAACGCUCUCCGUUCGCUCACCGGUAUCUUCCUCCAGGCGAUGCAACAGCUCACUGGUAUCAACUUCAUCUUCUACUACGGUACUACCUUCUUCCAGCGCUCUGGUAUCAGCAAUCCCUUCCUCAUCACCAUCGCCACGAACGUCGUCAACGUCGGUAUGACCGUCCCAGGCAUCCUGCUCGUCGAUCGUGCUGGUCGUCGUUGGUUGCUCAUCUACGGAGCUAUCGGCAUGUGUGUCUGCGAGUACCUCGUCGCCAUCGUCGGUGUCACCAUCUCCACCUCCAAUGAAGCCGGCCAAAAGGUCCUUGUCGCAUUCGUCUGUAUCUACAUUGCCCACUUUGCUGCCACCUGGGGUCCUCUCGCCUGGGUCGUCUGUGGUGAAAUCUUCCCGCUCGCCAUUCGCGCCAAGGCAAUGUCCAUGUCCACCGCUUCCAACUGGCUGUGGAACUUCGGUAUCGGCUAUGCCACUCCUUACCUCGUCGACUCUGGCCCCGGUAAGGCUGGCCUCGGUGUCAAGGUGUUCUUCCUUUGGGGCUCCACAUGUCUGCUGUGCAUUGUCUACGCCUUCUUCCUCAUCCCAGAGACAAAGGGUCUAUCGCUCGAGCAAGUCGAUAUCCUGUACCGCAAUUCUUCGAUCCUCAACUCCAACAAGUACCGAAGACAAUUGAUCCAGCAGGAUGUCCACGCUGCCGACGUCGAGGGCGCAGCAGCAUUGCCAGAAGACAAGCGACCGGCACUGCUCAACCCUACCAAGAGCAACACCGGCGAAGUCGAGCACAUUUAA